AAUGUCAACAAUUGGGAGCUUUGAAGGAUUCCAGCCAGUGUCUCUGAAGCAAGAGGAAGAUGACCAACCCUCUGAGACUGAUCACUUGUCCAAGAACGAUGGGGACUUGGGCAAGAAACCAGGACCAAGGCAGAUUUCAAGACAGCCGAGUGUGACUAAAUCGACACUUUACCCCAAUCCUUAUCACCAGCCCUAUGCUUCACGGAAGUACUUUGCUACCCGGCCAGGGGCCAUGGAGACUGCAGUGGAAGACCUGAGUGGCCAUAUUACACAGACUUCUGGAGAGACAGUUCAAGGCUACUGGCUCCUGACAGAGAUUGAUCACUGGAACAAUGAGAAGGAGAAGAUCCUGCUGCUCACAGACAAGACCUUGUUGAUCUGCAAAUAUGACUUCAUCAUGCUUAGCUGUGUGCAGAUGCAGCAGAUUCCUCUGAGUGCCAUCUGUCGAAUCUGUCUGGGCAAGUUCAUCUUCCCAGGGAUAUCUCUGGACAAGAGACCAGGAGAAGGCCUUAGGAUUUGCUGGGGGAGCACAGAGGGGCAGUCUCUAUUGUCACGCUGGAACCCGUGGUCCACUGAGGUUCCCUAUGCGACCUUCACUGAGCACCCUAUGAAAUACACCAGUGAGAAGUUCCUUGAGAUUUGCAAGUUGUCUGGGUUCACAUCGAAGCUUAUUCCAGCUAUCAAGAGUGCUCACAAGAAUUCUGCUGGAUCUGGAAGAGGAGAGGAACUGAUGGUGCUAACCCAGCCUAUUCUGAUUGAGACCUACACUGGGCUCAUGUCAUUCAUUGGAAACCGAAACAAACUUGGCUAUUCCCUGGCUCGGGGGAGUGUUGGCUUUUGAGACUCUUUGUUACAAAGUCCAUUAUCUGUAGAUAACUGAUGUGUUUAAAUUCACUGCUUUUUUUGGAUUGCAAUAGUUACUUUCAAAUAAUACUUAAAAGAAUGAUUUAUUAGUGUUUUAAGAUGUCUAAAAUCUUGGUUAGACUGGUAGACAUUUGAGGAAUUAUAUGAGAGAAAUCAAAUUUCUGUAAAAUCUUCUGAUGAAAUGCCAUCUAAUGAGCUCUUAAUUUAAAAUCUUCGGACAGAAUCCAUGUUGCAACUUAAAUUUAAAUUUGCUAAAACUUAAACUUUUGCCUUUCUGUUCCUCACAUCCACAGGCACUUUCAACAUUUUAGUUUUCAUGCCCCGAACCCUGUUUUACUCUCAUUAAGCUCCCAGAGCUCCGUUAUUAUAGCUGCCAUUGAUAAGGGCACUUUAGUCCCUCGUCCCAUCUCUGAUAUUUAUCCCAAGAUGCAGGAUCUGCCUUAUGUCUUCCAGUUAUCCCAAUAUCAGUCCUUCCAAUGCUCCCUUGCAUUAAGCAUUUUCCAAAUCCAGACUUCUCUGUGCUAUUUUUUAUAAUCCAUCCCUGAAAUCUACCAGUUUCAAUAGUUUGAAUUCUAAGCCAAAUGCAUCCCAUUAUAGUAAUACAUGGCUAUGAGGCAUAGCAUUGUAUCCAAGCUUAAAAUACAUUCUCCUAAGUGUAGAGGUAUAAUUCAUUAGCAUAGAGCUUGUCCAAAUAGCACAAAGUCUUGAAUUUGAUUCUUAGCAUUGAAAAGAAAAAAAUCAAAAAUCA